AUGUGGCACGGAGAAGGAGCGUGGCAACAUACCGCGUUGGCUGGGCUCGGCAUGUGUUGCCCGUUGACUUCGGAGCCGCGACGGCCGGGCGGCGCUUCUCUGCUGCCGUCGCCUCUGCAGAGCGGAAACAGUUGGGCCCGCAGCUCGGUCACCGUGUUCAACAUGGUACAGCACUCGACCGGCACCAUCAGAUCCGUCGUCUUCGGACACCGGCGCACUGACGCCUCCAGCUCGAUCAGAGUCCUGCCUCCGUGA